AGUACCCCUUCUCUUGCAUGACUUGGUAUAACACGCUAGUUGCAACGUGACUGGGGCUGGACCUCUCCGUAGCAGGCUGUUAUUGGAUCUUCGCACUGUUUAAUUGCAUCCGUGAAACUAUUACUUGAAAUAAGAUCUUGUUUUAACUAUUAUCCAGUUGACGGAUAUAUUGUUCUUAAAAAAUAUUUCUUCUAUAAGAUGCCUUGUGUGAGACUACGUUUUGACCAAUAGCAGAAGACAUAGCAGAAUUGGUGUAUCUUAGUUUACGUCGAGUCAGUGAUAACUUUUGUACGCAUGCGUUUAUGUGCUAUUAUAUGCUUGUGCUUAUUCGCCAUUAUCUGGGAUGUGAAGAGAAUGUGAGGGAUUGUGAUGUAACUUUGUACUAACAAUUUCAGAGCCCGGCGUAUUGUUCCAAUAUGCAUUCUGUUGAAGAAUUGGGAACAAACGUUCCUGCUUUUCUUGCAAAACUAUGGAAGAUGGUUGAAGAUUCGGAAACCAACGAUUUAAUAUGUUGGAGUCCGAGUGGCACUAGCUUUUAUAUUAGAGAUCAAGCAAAAUUUGCAAGGGAGUUGCUUCCCUUAUAUUAUAAACAUAACAACAUGGCAAGCUUUGUACGUCAAUUAAACAUGUAUGGUUUUCAUAAGGUGGUGUCAAUUGAAAGUGGAGGCCUGAAAAUAGACAGAGAUGACAUGGAAUUUGCACAUCAGUAUUUCUUAAUGGGACAUCCUUACUUGCUGGAACAUAUUAAGAGAAAGAUUCCCACGAAUAAAUCUGAUGAUGGACGAACUGGGACAAAACCAGAACUUGUAAACAAAGUAUUGAGUGAAGUUAAGUCUCUUAAAGGGCGUCAAGACAGUGUGGACUCGCAAUUGAGUGCCAUGAAAAGAGCAAAUGAAGUACUGUGGCGUGAGGUGGCUAUUUUACGCCAAAAACAUCAUAAGCAGCAACAGAUUGUAAAUAAGCUAAUUCAGUUCCUGGUGUCUAUGGUGCAAACAUCCCGAAGUGGUGGAAUUGGAAUCAAGCGUCAUUAUCCAUUGAUGCUAAAUGAUAUCACACAUCAUACGAGUAAAACUUCAUCCAAACUGAAUGGCAACAUAACAGAUGUGAAUUCUAGCAAUAUGUCUCCUACUGGACCUGUUAUACAUGAAUUGGAUACUGCUGAACUUCUGGAUGAUUGUUCUCCUGCCAUAGAUGAUGAAAAUUCUGCUCCAGUUUUUGAUUUGCAAGAUGCUGUAAAUGUUGGCACAUCAUCAAGCAGUGACCAGAGUGCUACCACUUCAGCUACUUCAACUACCUCAGCUUCCAAUGCUACCAGAGUUGCAGCUGACUCUGCUGGGGCAGCAGACCUCUCGGCAACGAAUGGCACUGAUAUGACUGGUCAGCCCUCUCAAGUUUUACUUGAAUUGGCUGAAGAAUGCCCAGUGAAUGAAGAUGGUUUGGUUACAUCUGGAAAUAUGAGUAUAUCACCUUUAUUCUCAACAGUGAAGCCUAAUAAAGGGAAGCAGAGAUCUUCUGUGUAUAAAGGGGGCAAGCGUCGCAAGUCAAAAUUAAUGCCAUCAAUUGCCAAAUCAACUAAUCCUUUAGUGACAAUCAAAACGGAAAGAAUGGAUCCAGAGGAACCUGUUAAUGUGAACAAUUUUCUGGAGAUUAUGCUGCCUUCCCUUGUGAAUGAUGAAGCAAACAACAGUGAGAGACUGCAAGCAUCGGGCAUGUCAGGCUCCAUGGAAGGUGAAGUUAUUCUGCCUGAUCUUGAAGAAUCCAUGGAGUCUGAGAGAGAUCAACAAAGCUCUCUAGAAGCUGCUACAGAUGCUGCAAUUUCAGCAAUUAGCAAUGUGGCAGCUCGGGCAGCUGCCCAGGCUGCUUCAGCAACUGGUUCUAAGGUACAAUCUGACACAUCAAAGGCUUCAAAUUCUGUUGGAGAAAAGUCUUCAUGUGAAGCUGACGAUGAAAGUGGUUCCAGUAGCAAAGACUUAACAUUAGCCUGUGCUGGGUCAGGUGACAAUGCUCUUAUGAAGGAAGAUUUAGAUGUCCAUCUGGAGAAUAUGCAAACAGACCUGGAUUCUCUUAAGGAGCUUCUGAAAGGAGAAGGCUAUGUGGAUGCCAACAUGUUGUUGGGGGUAUGUGCAGCUGGACUAGGAAUCGAUGCCAAUACCGUCAAGCUUUUUGGUGAUGAUCCUUUGUCAUUUGGCUUACCUAUUGUGCAAGAUCAGAACAAUGAAAAUAAUGGGAAGCAAAAUGGUGUUUCAGAUCCUAUGGUGUCUGGGAGUGAGCUAAUGGCAUGUUCAUCAAAUCUCCUGGAUUUAGCAGAUAUGUCAGAAUUAGAUGACUGGAGCCUACCAGCAGGAUCAGGGAGUUUCACUGAAGAGUCAGAUGAUGUAUUGAACACUCCUUUGGUGACCAUCAGUAGCCCUGGCUUUUCUGGAGCACCGACAGGAAAGAAGAGGAAAACAAAAUAAUGUAGCACAGUGCUCUCUGCUAUAGUGAUUGGACAGCUUGUAUAUACUGUAUUAUUUGAAACAUGAAGUUUAUUUUUCUCUUACUACACAAAUCUCCAUUGAACAGAAUAGAUGUGUAGUUCUGUAGGAGUGAGAUAUCAUGGAUUCUUCAUGUACAUACACAAAUCAUAGAUUGAGAUCUGAUAUUACAUGGCAACUAAUUAUUAUUGUGCAUUCAGCAUACAAUGUUACUGCACUUAAGAUAUAACGUUGCACAGUAUUUGGUUGGUGGGCAAGCAAUUGUGAAGGGAUUGGGGUGUGGGGGAUCUGAAGCUUGCCAGUUCCCUGGCUCACAAGACUGACAUUCUUAAAGUGUGUUUGUUUUCUUCAAUUGUAAUAUAUCAACAGAAUGUAAAAAAUGUAUCAUAUGCAAAUAGAGUGGAAAAAAAUGUGAAAGUAGAAUUUCCUAUGUACAAUUAAAUUCUUUUUUUUACUUGCACACCUCAAACCUUAAACAUAAAGUAUUGUGCUUCAAAAGAGUUAAGUUCUUUAAAUGAAUAUCAUAAGCAGUGAAUUAAAUUUUUAUUGAUCAUGCUUUUACUUUCAUGUUUUCAAUGCACAAGCAAAUUGAAGUAUGAAUUAAAAUUGCUCUUCAUAUCAGUGAAAGAUGGCCAGUGUAAAAUGUGCGUUACAAAUUUGUAGAGUUAUUUCAAUAAAGCUGGUAACCAGUCAGCCUGUUUUCAUUGCAAUGUACAAGGUUUGAAACUAAAAUUUAGUCUCUUAUUAAUGUUCAUAUUGAGCAAAUUUAGGCACUUGCAAUAGUUAAAAAUCAUGGUAUCACUGACUUUCACUAGCUCUUGUCCCUAUUAAGCACCACCAUACGGAUGAAUACUCACUACUGUGAAUUUUGCCUAUGAUGAAUCUUAACAAAAUCCUUAUAUAACCUAGAAUACUGUAUAUUAAGGAACAGUUGAUGCUUCACUACACCUAUUCGUUUCUUGUAAUCAAAAUGGUAAAUUUAUUCACAAAAUCAAUAGUGUAAUUGUAUCACGUGUAGAAAACAAUUGCUUGUUCGUAUGAUAAAAUACCACACAAAUGACUAUCCGUUUUAG